AUGUCAAAGCAGGGACAUGUUGUGUCCUCUGGAGUGAAAUUUUGUUUUUCCUUGGGUCUUCCAGUAGGAGCUGUGAUCAACUGCACUGACAGUGCAGGAACCAAAUAUUUGCAUAUUAUCUCCCUGAAGGAAAUCAAGGGACAGCUGGAGAGACUUCCUGCUGCUGUUGUGGGCAACAUGGUGAUCGCCACACUUAAGAGAAGCAAAUCAGCAGUAAGAAAAGCAGUGGUGAUUAAACAACAAAAAUUCUAGUUUGAAGAUGAUGCAGGGAUCAUAGUAAACAAUAAAGGUGUGACAAAAGGUCCUGUUAUCACAGGCCCAGUUCCAAAGAAGUGUUCAGACUUGUGGCCCAGAACUGCAUUCGAUGCAGGCAGAAUUGCAUGA